AUGGGCUCGAAGCAGCAGCCCGCGCUCCGGCCGAACGCCGCCGAGAGAGGCUGCGGCGGCGACGGCAGGGCGGCGUCGCUGAGCGAGCGGUCGAGCCUCACGAACGCGUCCUUCAGGGUGUACUACAGCCUGCGCGCCGGCGCCGUGCCGUUCCUGUGGGAGUCCGCGCCCGGCACGCCAAAGAGGGACGCGGAGUCGCCCAUCCGUGGGGCGGCGAUGCUGCUUCCUCCCCUCUCACCGCCGCCGUCGUACCAGUCGCCGUUCCAGCGGAAGGGGAGGAAGUCGUCCUGGACGGCGGCGGCGGGUGGCAUCAUGAGGGCGCUGCUCGGCGUGCUUGGGCUCAGGAAAAGCCACCGCCGGCGUCCCGCUCCCGCCUAG